AUGUCUUCUCCCACAAUACCACAAUUUCCUUCAACAUCAAUAUCUUUACCAAAAAACAAAGGUGAAAGAAUAGCAAAAAAACUUAAAUUACCAAUUUCAGGGCCUGCGACAAGACUUCGGAAUAAUGUAAAUAAAAUUGAAUUUCAAGAAGAAUAUGAAAAGUUUGAAUUGGCAAAUAAUAGACCAGUAAAAAUUAUUAAAGAUGAAAGAUUAAAAACUGAAAAUGCUUUUUCCUUUUUUUUAACAACGCCAUCACCUGUACCACCGACCACAUCAACACCAAUAACGUCUUUAACAGCAUCUUCCACCCUUAACACCUCUUCAUCUUCACCACCGUCAUCUUUACCAUCAGAAGAUUCAUUUACACCUAGAUUAGAAGUUUUAUCGAAAUGGUCAUUAAGGCAACAAAAAAUUUUUUUGGCUACAUAUAUGAAAAAUGAUAAAGAUUUUGAUUUAAUUAAAAAAAAUUUAAAUGACACGAAAACGUCAAAAGAAAUAAUUGAAUUUUAUUAUUUAGUAAAACAUUUACCAAAAUUUAAAUCAGCAAAAGAAAUAAAACAAGAUUUCGACUCUUAUAAUGAAAAAUUAAAGAAUAUUACUCAUUUUAAUAAAAAUAUUAUUUCUACUUUGUUUAAAAAAGAUGACAAGAAUGAUAAUACUAGUAAUAUUAAUG